GUGGUGCUUACUUGAAUAAUUCACAUUGCUUCCUCUUUCAUUUCACAUUCGGUUUUUAAUCGGUGUAGUUAACAGACGAGUUGUAAAGAAAUAACUCGUCAUCAUGGUGAACGGUCGAAUACCGUCAGUAUUUUCUAAAACUUACGUUACACCACGUAGACCUUAUGAAAAGGCACGUCUUGAUCAAGAAUUAAAAAUUAUUGGAGAAUAUGGUCUCCGAAACAAACGUGAAGUAUGGCGUGUUAAAUAUACAUUAGCUAAAAUUCGUAAAGCUGCUCGAGAAUUGCUUACCCUUGAAGAGAAAGAUACUAGAAGAUUGUUUGAAGGUAAUGCACUUCUUCGGCGAUUGGUUCGUAUUGGAGUAUUAGAUGAAAGUAAAAUGAAACUCGAUUACGUUUUGGGUUUGAAAAUUGAAGAUUUCUUGGAACGUCGUCUUCAAACACAAGUAUUUAAACUUGGAUUGGCUAAAUCUAUCCAUCAUGCACGUGUUUUAAUUCGUCAAAGACAUAUUCGAGUCCGUAAACAAGUUGUAAAUAUUCCAUCAUUCAUUGUCCGUUUGGAUUCACAAAAACACAUUGACUUCUCAUUGAAGUCACCAUUCGGUGGUGGCCGACCAGGUCGUGUUAAGAGGAAGAACAUGCGUAAAGGAGCUGGUGGUGGUGCUGCCGCUGAAGAAGAAGAAGAUUAAAUAAAUAUGAAAAUGUAUUUAAAAUAAGAAUAAAGAUUUUCUUA